GCCUUUUUUUGGUUCCUCUUUCCGAUUAUUGAAUCAUCCAUUUCCAACAACAAAAAUCUCUCUCUCUCUCUCUCUCUCCUCUUUCUUUCUAUCCAGAACCCAGUCUAAAUCUUUCCACAGGCGAGUAGGGUUGCAUGAUAUUAGUGUAGAUCUACCAAUUUUUUGGACGUUUGUUAGUUCUGCGGCUGUAAUUGACAAGUUGUAGAUGCUGCAAGCUGUUGGUGAGGAUUGAUUGUAGUUGUACUUUUAGGGGAUUCUUGUUUAGGGCUUUUUGCGAGAUAAGUUCAGAGAUCCCUCAAGCUGGGUGCGAGUGCAUUGUUUUUCUUUUUAGAGCGCUAGUACUGCAGAAGGGCUGGCACUAGACAGCUAUCUGGAUCCCAGCCACCGUGCUUCGGUGCCUCCCAUGGCACCUAACAGGGUGGCUGGUGGACUGGCACAUUCCUCUUCCAGUUCUGGCAUCUUUUUUCCUGGAGAUGGUCAGUCCCAAGUUGUGGGUAAUUCUAACUUGAGUUCGUCUUUUGGGAACUCAUCGAGUACAAUCCCGGGAAGUGCACGGGCCAAUUUGGGUCCUGUAUCUGGUGAUGUUAGUAAUACGGUCUUGAACAGCGUACCAAGCUCAGGUCCCAGUGUUGGGGCUAGCUCAUUAGUCACUGAUGCAAAUUCGGGACUUUCAGGAGGUCCCCAUCUCCAGAGAAGUGCAAGCAUUAAUACAGAGUCUUACAUGAGGUUGCCUGCAUCACCCAUGUCUUUCUCAUCCAAUAAUAUUAGUAUAUCUGGCUCUUCAAUUAUGGAUGGAUCAUCUGUGAUGCAGCCAAGCUCAAAUCAAGAUCCGAAUGCUCAACAACUACAGCAAAAUCACCACCAUCAAGGUGCUUCAAGUGCCACAUCCUUACCAACACCACGGGUUGGGCAGGUUCAACUUCCUAAUGGUUCACGGGUUCCAGGCUCAUUAAUCCAAGAUCCUGGUUACAUGUCUCAGUUGCAAAAGAAACCUCGAUUGGACAUUAAGCAGGAAGAUAUUCUCCAACAGCAGGUACUUCAGCAAUUGCUGCAUAGACAGGAUUCUAUGCAUUUGCAGAACCCUAACCCUCAGUUGCAAGCUUUGAUCCAGCAACAGAGAUUAAGGCAGCAGCAGCAACAACUGCUACAGUCCAUGCCACCAAUUCAGCGAGCCCAGUUGCUGCAGCAACAGCAGCAGCAGCAACAGCAACUGCAGUUAAGACAACAGCUUCAACAACAGGGUGCAACACCUUCAUCUGGGACAAAGCGACCCUAUGAUGGUGGUGUCUGCUCUCGUAGGCUGAUGCAAUAUCUAUACCACCAGCGUCAAAGACCUGCAGAUAACAGCAUUGCUUAUUGGAGGAAGUUCGUUUCAGAAUAUUACUCUCCCCGUGCUAAAAAGAGGUGGUGCUUGUCGCUAUAUGACAAUGUUGGACACCAUUCGCUAGGAGUAUUUCCCCAGGCAGCCAUGGAUGCAUGGCAAUGUGAUAUUUGUGGUUCAAAAUCUGGAAGAGGUUUUGAGGCAACUUUUGAAGUGCUUCCCAGACUUAACGAGAUCAAAUUUGGAAGUGGGGUCAUCGAUGAGCUGUUAUUUUUGGAUUUGCCGCGCGAAUGUAGAUUUUCUUCAGGAAUAAUGAUGCUGGAGUAUGUGAAGGCAGUUCAAGAAAGUGUAUAUGAGCAACUACGGGUGGUUCGUGAAGGUCAGCUUCGUAUUAUUUUCGCCCCUGAUUUAAAGAUAUUGUCAUGGGAAUUUUGUGCACGACGUCAUGAGGAGUUGCUUCCGCGUAGAUUGGUUGCACCACAGGUUAAUCAGUUACUACAGGUUGCACAAAAGUGCCAAAGCACAAUCUCUGAAAGCGGAGGAGAGGGUGUCUGUCAGCAAGAUCUACAGACUAACAGUAACAUGGUUGUGACAGCUGGCCGUCAGCUUGCCAGAAGUUUUGAGUUGCAAUCGCUUAAUGAUUUAGGAUUCUCCAAGAGAUAUGUGCGAUGCUUACAGAUAUCAGAGGUUGUCAAUAGCAUGAAAGACUUGAUGGAUUUUUGCAGAGAAAACAAAGUUGGGCCUAUUGAGGGCCUGAAAAACUUUCCCCGACAAGGCAAUGCAGCCAAGCUUCAGGCACAAAAGGUUCAGGAAAUGGAUCAGCUGGGAGGUAUUCAGAGUCUGCCAACUGAUCGAAGUACAAUGAAUAAGCUAAUGGCUCUGCAUCCUGGAUUAAACAACCAAAUGGGCAAUACUCAGCACAUGGUGGGUAGAGGUGGUUUAAGUGGGUCAGCACAAGCCGCCCUUGCCCUGACAAAUUACCAAAACUUGCUCAUGAGACAGAACUCAAUGAACUCAAGUCGUAGUUCAUUGCAUCAGGAAGCAUCUUCUUCUUUGAGUAAUUCUAAUCAGAAUCCGUCCUCAACAUUUCAAGGGCCUUCAGGUGCAGUUCCAGGAACCUUGCAGAAUCCACCAAUUGGUGGGUUUUCAGGUUCCCAUCUGCAACAGCCACCACUGCAGCAGCGUUUAGCCUUGCUGCAGCAAAAUAAUGCCGUGCAAGGUAGUCAGCCGUUACAACAGCACAUGAUGCAGCAACUGAUGCAGGAUAAUAGUGGAAUUCAGCAGCCUGUUGCGUGUCAGAGUCUUGGUGGGAGUGUGUCAAGAGAUGGACUUGCAUUUGGGAAUAAAAGUUCUACAGGAAGCGUGACGACUGGAAAUGGAACGAGUAAUGUUAUGGGACCUGCUCCAAGCAGAAGCAACAGUUUCAAAGUUGCUUCAAAUAGUGAAUCCUCUGCAGCUGGUGCAAGUAGUGGGUUCAACCAGAAAUCUUCUGAGCUUCCACGUAGUCUUCAUUUGUCAGAGGAAAUGGUACCUGACAUUCCACAUGAGUUUGCGGAAAAUGGAUUUCUCAGCAGUGAUCUUGAUGAUAACAUGAAUUUUGGUUGGAAGGCCUGACUAACAUAAUUUGUCUGAUAAAAUGUGCUUUUGUUUCAUGAAAAUAUGGUUGUACAGGUGGUUUGUAGUCUGUUAUUUGGACAUUUACAUUCUGAAUCCAGUUAGGGACUUUGUGAUCUUAAACAAGUAUUCGAGUAGUUCUGUGGUCUUUUUACAUGCCCCAGUUUCUGGUUUUUAUGCUCAAAUGUCGUCUUGCAAAUGUAAUCUAUGGAUAGAGACCAGACGACUUUUCACUGUUGAAUUUAUAUAAUAUAUUAUUUACAUGUUAUAUCCC